CCAACUUAGCCUUUUCCAACAGCCUGGCCUCUAUUCCUCAUCCAUGCAGUACAUUUCACAUAAUCCCACCUGGACUUCGCUCUACCGUUGUCGCCGGCGACACUGCGAACGCACGCACGCCGUCACUUGGUGAACUCCGGUGCGCCCCACGUCAACACUUGAACAGUUGUCUCCCACUUGCAUAUUCGGCCUUUGGCAUUCCAUUGCGCCGGUUCAUCACCAUGGUUCGUGGCCUUUGUACACUUGCCGUGGCUGCUAGCCUUCUGGCUACCGGCGCUGCCUUUGUCCAGCCCGAUAUCCCGGGUGAUAUGCCUGUAUCGGCACUCCUCACUACCGCGCAGAGCCGUCUGAGCAGUGGCCAAACGAACGAAGCCUUGACCUACUACGACGCUGCGAUCGCCCGCGACCCUUCCAACUACCUCACCUUCUUCAAGCGCGGUGCGACAUACCUGUCCUUAGGCAAGACGAACCAGGCGACCGACGAUUUCAACAAAGUGCUCUCGCUUCAGCCCGGUUUCGAGGGCGCGCACACACAGCUUGCGAAGAUCAAGGCCAAGUCGGCCGACUGGGCAGGCGCGCGGGCCGAGUACGCUGCUGCCAACAAAGCCGCAGACUCUCCGGAUGUUCUCGAGCUGCAAGAGGCCGAAAACGCCGCACAGUUGGCUGAGGCGGCCCUCGCCGCUUCUCAGUGGGAUGACUGUGCGACACAUGCCAGCAAUGCGAUAUUGGUCGCGGGACGUGCACCGCACCUGCGUGAAGUGCGGGCAAAGUGCCGGUUCGAGCGAGGAGAUCUGGAUGAAGCUAUGCAGGACUUGAGACACCUGCUAAACAUGCGGCCGGGCGACACGGAGCCACACAUCGUCAUCUCCGCAACGUCAUUCUAUGCGCUCGGUGAGAUGGACAAGGGCAUGGAACAGAUCAGGAAAUGUUUGCAUUCUGAUCCCGAGUCCAAGGUGUGCAAAAAGAUCUUCAACUCCGAGAAGGCUAUCAGCAAGAAGUUCAAGAAGGUCACCGGGCAAUUGGAGAGAGGACAGACCACGACCGCAGGCCGAAGCUUGGUUGGGACAGCAGAUGAAUCCGGGCUGCUUACCGAUGUCAAAGUGCAGCUAGAAGAGCUGAGAAAGGAUGGCAGCAUUCGGUCCGCUACCAAAUCUAUCCUGUACGAGAAGGUUGCUGAAAUGACUUGUCAGGCCUACUCAGAGUCCAACCACAAAGAUGUCUCUAAAUACUGCGAUGAGGUCCUUGAGUUGAACCCAGAUUCCUUCUGGGGUUUGUUACACCGAGGCAAAGCGCAGAUGAAGAAAGAGGACUACGAAGCAUCAGUGCGUACUCUUCAGGAUGCGCUCGACAAACACCCCCAGAUGCGGGACAAGAUCCAGCCGGUACUUCAAAAGGCCACCGUCGCUCUGAAGCGGAGCAAGACGAAGGACUACUACAAAGUCCUCGAGGUGCCACACGACGCGGACGAGCGACAGAUCAAGUCCGCAUAUCGCAAGGCUUCCAAGAAGUACCACCCGGACAAGGCUGUCAAGCAGGGCGUGACCAAGGAAGAGGCCGAGAAGAAGAUGACGUCGAUCAAUGAAGCAUACGAGGUUCUCAGCAACCCCGAGUUGAGGGCACGGUUUGAUGCUGGUGAUGAUCCGAAUUCACACGAGUCCGGCUCAGGUCGUAACCCAUUCGAAGGCUCGCCUUUCAACUUCGGAGGUGGCGGAUUCGGCCCAGGAGGUGGGCAACGAAAGACAAGCUUCAAGUUUAACACAGGGGGGGCGGGCAAGCAGGGCGGCGGGAAUCCCUUUGGUCAGUUUCAAUUUGACGGUCAGCAGUUUGGCUUUUGAACAUAGCGGUUUUGCGAAAUAAUACAACCUGGACAGUACUACCAUGCAUAUUGGUCAAUCUGCCGAAGCAGAGAAAUAAAGGCAACGUUGAAACAAGUCUAGAUUUUGCAGCUCAAUGAACUCCAGAUACCGUUACAUUCCCAGACUGUCCGUCAGCCGAUGAUUCAUGUUAUGAUCGCAACCGCAUUGCGACGGGUGUAUAUACAAUGAUAUCCAGGUUCAAGUCCGGCCCGGCGCGUGAUGAUGCGUCAACGGGCCUUCGGACCUCGCUAGAAAGGAGCUCGAUCGUUUGCAUGUCGUCCUCCACGAUGUCUUGCUCUGCGAUCGGCCAACACAUUCUUUGUCGAUGAUGUACAUUACGAGCUCGUGCUAUUAAGCUUGAUGAAGUAGGCCCUACACAG